UCCUGCAUCUGUUCCCUAACAGUCACAGUGGCUAGCCUGAGGAAAGUUCAGGUGAUGAAAAACUCCGCCAGCAGUCAAUUAUGAACCUGUAACACCAUGGAAGAAAAUGAGCUGGAGCAAAACAAGGAACACACUUAUUUGUCUUACACUUUCAGACAUGCGUUGAAGAAAAAUAUUACCGGAGUCUUUUACUUGAUACCAGUCUCAAACCAUUGGUUACUUUCACACAAGAGUCUCCCAGGAUGACUAGAUGAAGAGAAGUGAGCAGUGUGGAUUGAUAUGGAACCAGUCCCCAACUGUAGUGACGUGUGUGGCUCCACAGACUGCAGCUUUGAUCCAGGAAUUAACACAGAGGAAGGCUGGAAGGUGCUGCAGAAACUCUGCAGAAUUGCCAUCACGAGCUCAGUGAAUGAGUCCAGGAUCUCCCCCACUCUCUGCUCUGUGAUUUGGGUAUUGCUGUCCUGUGGGAUAUUGCUUUCGAUAUUCUUCUUAGCCUUCACUCUCAGAUUCAAAAGCAACAGGAUUGUGAAAAUGUCCAGCCCCAACCUCAAUGUAGUAACCUUGUUUGGAAGUGUUCUCACUUACAGCAGUGGUUUUAUGUUUGGAAUCGAAGAGAGAACAUUACUAGCAGGAACAGCCAGGAGGACACUGUUACAGGCACGAAUAUGGACUUUGUGCAUUGGAACCUCGCUUGUGUUUGGACCAAUCUUGGGAAAAACAUGGCGGCUUUACAAGGUGUUUACCCAGCGCAUGCCAGACAAGAGGGUGAUUAUUAAAGAUAUCCAGUUGAUGGGAUUGGUUGCUGGUUUAAUGCUGGUAGAUGUAGUUUUUCUGACAACCUGGGGCCUAACUGACCCAGUUCAGUGUAUGAAAUCUAUCAGCGCAGCACUAAAGGUGUCUAUCAGAGACGUCUCUUACUCUGUGUCAGAUCUGGAGACCUGUGCUUCCAUGUACACUGAUGUGUGGAUUAUUCUUAUCUCUGUCCUCAAGGUGAGCCUUCUGCUGUAUGGGACAUACUUGGCUGGGCUGACCAGUAAUGUCAGCUCUCCUCCUGUAAACCAGUCUCUCACCAUCAUGGCUGGGGUCUACCUCAUCACCCUGUCAGCUGGAGUUACCAUUCCUGUCACACGCUUCUUCUACACCUGGCCCAACCUGGUGUACACCUUUAUCUCCGGGGCAAUCUUUAUCUGCACGCUGGCAAUCAACUGUCUGGUAUUUAUACCUCAGCUGACCCAGUGGAAGCAUUUUGCGGAUGAACUGAAUCAAAGUCCAAGACAGAUGACAAAGUAUUUCAGCAGCCCCAGCAAAAGCAUCCAUUCCAUGUACAGCGAGGAGGAAAUUUACUGCUUGCUUGGAGAGAACAGCUCCAUGAAGAGGCUACUAACAGAGAAAAAUGCAGUCAUAGAAAGCUUGCAAGAACAAGUGAACAAUGCCAAGGACAAGCUUAUGAAGCUGAUGCCAGUGCACUGUGGUGAGGAUCACACAGAACUACAUUUCACCACCAAGUCAAGCUUAGCAUUCACUCAGAUCACAGAGGCCAGACUUGAAGGCCAUAGCCAGGGAAUGGAAGACCUGGAAAUGAUUAAAGAACCGUGUUCUUCAGACACACCUAGCCAUCUAGAAAGCAAAUCUGCUCAACAGAAGGAUAUAAUAUUUCCUUCAGUAUUGGAGUAUAACAGAGACCAUUGUUCAAGUCAUGACUUGGGAUCGGUCAAUGUUAGGCAAUGUUGUCACUCCCCCAGUCAUACAGAUACGGACCUGUGCCAAUUAGGUUCUAAACCUGUUUCCAAUCCUCAUCAGAACAUCAACCUUCAGAACAACAAAACGGAGAAAUACCUGCUGUUGACAUCCUCAGAUUCAGGCUUGGCACUGCAUAUGUCACCCAAAAAUGUGGCUCCUGAGAGCUCUGAUUCAACCAAGGAGCAGUCAGUGGCAAAUAAGCACAACUAUGUAAGCAGUGAAAAACUACAAGAGAUCUUGCAGGAUCUCAGUAGAGAUGCAGUCACGUCUUUAAGGUCACCAGCCAGGACAAGGAAAGAUGCAAAUAUGCAAGAAGCUGACCCAUCAAGGAUGAAAAAGGAAUUCCAAUUUUACUGCCAAAGUAUUUCUCCAUACAUAAUGAGGAAAAGAAGGCCUCCGUUCAACACAGUGAGGGGGGGUCCUCCUCCAUAUUGUUUCCCUGAGUAUUUCCCUCCACAUCCAAGGUGUUUGGCAAGCAAUGAACUUGUAAAAAAACAUAAUAAUACAGACACAAUGACUAAACCCAACAGUGAUGAUUUGCUUCCUCCAAAUACAGCUUUAAAGGACGUGGAUCAUCUUCCAACCACAAGCGUAGAUGAACCCUCUUAUUAUGGUUCACAGUUGGCACUGAGAAGGGAUAAAUGUGGUAAUAGGUGUGAAUACCCUGGGGGCUACUCUGACUCUCACAAGGAGUCAGAACAAGCUUGUAUAUGUAGUAUUAAACCUUUCUCAGGGUUUAACUCCAAAGGUUUAUCUUUCAGAGAAACAGAAAUAGAAGACCUGGAGCAGUCUCUCUAUGAUUAUUCAGACUCAGACUCAAGUAGUUCUGAGGAGGAUUUUUGUUACCACCACAAGCCAUACUACGGCACUUAUUUUCAGGGACCGUGUGAAUCUACUGAGAGUAAUACCUCCGAAACAACAGACAGUGAACUAGGUGGAUCUCUUGCUCACUGGGAUGUGGCCUACAGUAAGGCCCAUCCUGUUGUGAACUUUAAAGAGGACUUGAAACCAACUUUUGUAUAGGCAUAUUUCCUAAAUGGCUUCUUCUGUGAUAGACAGCUUUCCAAAAAAAAACAAUAUUUAAAAGGUACCUUGUCAAGAAUUUUGCUUCGGUACUGCAUAAGGUGUGAUAGACCAAACACAGGAAAGUCAUAGAAAUGUGGGUUACAACACUGUAUUAUAAUACCAGACAGUGAAGGAAUACCUUUUCAAAUGGUUCCUCCUAGCAGCAAAACUUAAGAAGACCCACUAACACACCUUUCAAAUUUUGUUAAAACAUCCAUAGAGAUGUUUUGAAGGCCUGGAGUUUAUUUGAUUGAGAACUGUACUUGAUGUAUAUAGAUUGAUUUUAGUGCUUGCAAAAUGCAGAUAGAGGUACAAGCUCAAAUGUACUUUGAAAUAUAACUGUAAUGUUAUUUAACAUAGUGUUAAUAGCGGCUGUAAUUUAAUAGUGGUACAUCUAAUUUAUUGCCUGUAGCACAUUAUUCCAGAUUUGACAUUUCUUUAAAUAUUGAUGGAUUGAUUAACUUCUGAUAUUUUAUAGCUUGUAAAUAAAAACAGAGUUUAGUUGUUUUUCCAUGACCAGAUGUGAGUAUGCUGCUUCAUAGGAGAAAGUUAGCUUUUUUUGGCAUAAUGAUCAAUUACAAGUGUUGCUCCUAAAGUUUUAAUUCCCAUAUUACUAUAUUUCAAUUACCUUCAGUUUCAUAUCUACUUUCUAAUACAUGUUCUGCACUUUUCAACAAUAAACAUUUUGACUAUAAUACAAUUCUACAAUAAAAACUUUUGGCUUUAUAUAAUGUAAACCAAACACCCAUUUCAACACUGAAGACAUUCAGAAUUAUUUAUACUGUAAUCAAAAUGUUUGUCAUUGAAUUUUACUCAAUUUCUUUUAGUAAAUGCUCAGCAAUGUUCAACAUCUCUGAAAGUACAACACUAGAAAAGCCCUAUCCCAACAACAAACUGAAAUAUAAUAACCCUGAUGGUGAUAGCAUUUAAUCCAUAUCCUUCCACUGCUCAAGACAAACUUUCAGAAAGAGUUUUACCUGCUUGUCUCUAUCAGUCAAAAGGCAUUAGUAGGCAACACAGCUUAUUGGAUUUAAUUGAAUUAAUCUAUAUUUUGCAAGUAGGCAGGUGGAUGAUAACAAAAAGUAUUUAUUUCUCAUUUAUCACAAGCUUUCUCCUAUAUGUUCUCAAACUAAGAUCGCUCAAUUAAUUUCAGAGUACUGGCAUCUGAAUAAUGGACCAUUCCAUCUGCUCCUAAUUGCUUGCAAUUAAUUGCACCACGCUGACUAGUGCUUGUGUUUUCAUGAUAUGCUUAUGUACCUGGAAACAGUUCUCAAUCUAAGGGCUUAUUUUACAGAAAUAUCACUGUCUAUGGGCUAGGUGGCUCUGUUACCACUAGCAUGCUGCAAUAUGAGGCCUCUGUUCCAAUCGAUCUUUGGUGACUGUUCAUCUUAACCUCAGUGGACAAUUCCAAUAACAAUGACCUUAUGCCACCAUAACUGAGCAAGUCACUUAACCUCCUUGUGCUCCAUCUUUCGGGUAAGUGACUAUGCAGCUGAUGCAUACUU